ACAAAAAUGCCACCAUCAGCUUCGUCCAAGAUGCGACUCAGCUUCUCAGCGAACGCAAUGCCCUUCUGGGAACCCAUCUGAAUAGCUUGGACAUCCAAGCCAAAGAGGGACAGUUAGUGGAAGAGGAAUGGACCAUGAUCCAUAAUGAAAAACGCCAAUCCAUGGAAUUCUCCAAUCGUAUCGACCACGAGCUUUUCCCGCUGAUUAGCGGGGAUCUUAAUCGCCCUGAGACGAUCUUGGCCAACCUGGAGGCGAGAAUAUUGCAGUUGCCAAAACAGAAAAUGAUGUCCGAGAGACUUGUUCAACUCAUCUCAAGAGUGGAAGACCUUUGGACCCGAUUGCCGGAGAGCAAGAAGCCAGAGGCGAAGGAGCUCAUUUCAGAUCUGAGACAGAAACUGAAAGCUCUUCAGCUAUUGUUCAGUGAAUAUGAGCUGAUCUUGCAAAUGAUGAUCCCAUUUUUUAAGAACUACGGAGAACUCUAUCACACAAAAAGGAAUCUGUUGAACCAAUAUCAGGAAGGGAAAAUACCAAAUGAUGUCACUGAUGCCGAGCUUUUAGCUCGUGAGCACGAGGCAGGAAGAACUUCUUUACUGGAGAUCCUUCGAUUUGCCAAACGAGAGCGGGAUUCCAUUGUGAAGAAAAUUGGAGAUCAAAAGUCCAAGCACCUCCUCAAAGCCGACAAGGAUACUUUGGAAGAACUUCUGGACACUUUCGAAACAGACUUUCAGACAGCCUGGAACGAACGAAAGAAGGUUUUAACCAAACAUGCAAAGUUCUGUCUCUUUACGACAAGCCUGAGGCAGUUGUCCCAAGACAUUCAUUCCCUUCAAGAGACGGCCAAGAUUCGAACCACUUUAGGAGAGACUUUGUCCUCGGUGAAUGCUGCUAAUGCUUACCUACAGGAGAUCCAACCCCUUUUGCAAGAUUUUAAGCGAAGGAUCAACCUUUGUGAACAAGAGAGUAAGUCAAUUAUGGAACAGAUGCCAGUUCAUCGAGCUACGGUGAAAUUGGGCUUGGACCAAGUGCAUGAAAGAUGGAACAUCCUUCAUGAUUGGCUAGACACUCACGGACAACGCUUGAGCUCAGCCGUGGAGUACUUUGGCCUUUUGGAACAAUCGGAAAAUUUUUCUCGGGAUGCCAACAAGACACUCUUGGAAUGGUCUCAACGUAUUUCAAGUCUGAAUAGCAAAGAAGACGCUCAUCAGCUAAAGCUUGAGAUUGAAAAGUUCAUUAAGAUCCGUAAAUCCUCUCAGAAUGAAAUCAUUUUAAAGAUAUCAGGCAUGGCAGGUCAUGUCUUUGGAGAUGCUACGGUUCAAAAGACGCAGAUAAUUCAACGAGAACAAGAGGACACCUUUGAUGCCUUGACUAAAUUGUUCCAACAAGUCGACUUGUAUAUUACCCACGAAAAGAGCAUAAACGAAGGGAUUGCUCGUAGUCAAAGGAUCCAAGCGGAGGCUGAGGCUAAUAUUCGGGCUGCAAAAGCAGAAGCCGAGGCCGCCCGAAGAGCUGUUAAAGAAGCGGAAGAGGCCAGAAAGAGGGCUGAAGAAAAAUCCAUAAAGACCAAACUUACCCAAGUUAUCUGUCACGAGACUCAAACCGAUGUUGAUAAAGAAGCAUCUAAAUCGUCCGAGGAGAGAUCCUUGGCACCAAAAUUUGUGCAAUAUCUCCAAGAUCAAGCUCUUCUGGAAGGGGGAAGAUGUGUUUUGAAGGCCAAAAUAACAGGGACGCCCGAACCUCAGAUCACAUGGUUUAAAGAUGGAGUAGCUAUUUUGGGCAAUUCCGAUUAUUUCACCCAAAAUCGAAACGGAGAGUGCAGCUUGACCAUAGAAGAAACGUUUGUGGCAGAUUCGGCAAAUUGGAGUGUCAGAGCCUCUAAUUGUGCUGGUUAUGCGGAGAGUCAUGCCAAACUCACUGUAAAAGAAUUGAAACCAAUUGAGACCCCAAGCCCACCGAAAGUGACUCUACCCCUGAGAAAUCAUCAACUCGUCGAGGGAGAAUCCCUAGAGCUCCGUUGCCAAUUUUCUGGCUUCCCUUCACCCCAAAUAUCUUGGUUUAGGGACGGAAUAUGCGUUGAUCGCUCGAAAAACUUCACCAUUGGCGAGGACCAGGGAGCUGACAUUUUGAGAAUUGAACAGAUCUCAUUGAGUGAUAAAGGCGUGUUUUCAGCUAAAGCGGUGAAUAAUGUCGGUCAAUGCAAGACGGAAGCCAAAGUGGAGAUCAAGUCUGUCGCUCCAGCUUUAAUGCCAGAAUUUGAGGUUCCACUGGAAAACCAAGAGGUUGUCACAGGAGAAGCUGUUCUAUUGGAAUGUUCCGUGACUGGAACCCCUAAUCCGGAGAUUACUUGGUUCCACAACAACCGUGCCCUCAAAGCCUCUGGUGACAUUCGGUUCACUUAUGAUGGCUCAAAAGCUCGCUUGAUGAUAAAACACGCGUUUCCCAAGACUCUAGGGCAUUAUUUGUGCAAAGCUAAAAACUCAGUCGGUGAAGCCACCUCCACUGCCACCAUAGCGAAUAAACCCAUAGUCCCAGACACCUCUGACAGCGAAGCAGUUGACGCAGAACCGGUUCGUGCGAAGUUCAAACCAGCUUUCAGGGUGCCAUUGAAUAAUGUGGAAGUAUUGGAGGACAAGAACGUCAUGCUCGAGUGCGUGAUCGUGGGAAAUCCUGCGCCAGAUGUGAUGUGGUACAAGGAUAACUUUCCCCUGAAAGAGAACUCAAAUUUGACAAUAACAUCUAGAGGCGAUCACUUCCAGAUCUGUAUGAAAAAUGUGAGUCAAGAUCAGGGUGGCGAUUAUAAGGUUAGAGCCAUCAAUACUUUAGGUGAAUGCCAAUCAACAUGCAGAUUCAAGAUCUUGCCGAAGAAAAAGACAUCCGUUUCGUCAACCCAGACAAUAGAAGAAGUCAAGCAAUCGAAAGUAGUCCAUACUUAUUCACAUUCAAUUGCCAAAGACAAUCGUGCUCCAAGAUUUAUCAAACCUAUCCAAAGUCAGGUGAUCGACGAGGGAGGCAGUGUGAAAUUUGACGGGAUCCUAGACGGAACACCAUGGCCCAAAGUCACGUGGACUCAUAAUGGGGUGGCAUUGAACACCAACCCCAAUUUGAAGUUCUUCCAACAAGGCCAGAAGGUGUCCUUAAUGAUUUCAAAGGUUGAAAUGAGUGGAACUGGUCAAUAUGCGUGUCAUGCAGAAAACGAAGGUGGUUCCUCUCAAUGCACCGCUGAACUCCAGGUCCAACAAAUAAUUGUUCCACCAAGUUUCGUCAAGAAGUUGAGGAGUUGUCACUUUAAAGCAGGAGAUCGGAUCAUCAUGGACAUUGAAGCGAGUGGGCUACCACUUCCAAUAGUGUCUUGGUACAAAGAUGGCGUCUUGUUGUCUCCCUCAAAUAAGAUACAAUUCCGACAACAUGGGAAUCAUUUUAGUCUGAUUGUCACGAAGUCAACAGUUGAUGACAGUGGAAAAUACUCGGUAGAGUUGACAAGCUCGUCUGGUCAAGCUAUUUCGCAAUGUCUAGUUGAUGUCAAGGCCAAGCCAGUGCCGAUUCAGGGACCCAAGGAAAAAGACAUGGUUCUUCAAUCUAGAGCCUUGAACGUUCUGUCAACUUGGAAAGGGUCCAACAAAGAGCUCCCGGAGCUUUUACCGUUCCCUUUCAAGCCCGAGGAAUCUGGUCCACGGAAACGAAACCGCGGAAAGGUUCCAAAACCAUCCAAGUUCAUCCCGGGGGAAAUGUAUCAUUCCGACUACGAUACAGAUUGGGAAGGAGCUUUGCCAGCCAAAUGGAAGCCUUGCUACAGUGAUGCUGAAGAUCUCUAUUACAAACGAGUCAGACCACAGCUGGACUGGAAUCGGAACUCCAGAAGGCCCGAACGAAACCCUUCACCGCCUUGUCCUCAUAAAUGGGAAAGUCAUGAGGAGAUUGACAAACUUGUGGCCAGUUUAAAAGACCAAAGAACUGACCUCCGGAAAGAAAUGCAAUCGAUCAAAACUAGCCACCUCACAGAAAACAUAGAAGAAAUGACGAAGAUUACUAUCAUUUCCACCAGAUCCUCUUCAACCCAACAGAGCCAUAACAGAUAUUUGAAGCCUCUCCCAAGUUCCCAACCCUUAUUGGAAGAUGGCGAGAAACCCAAGAUUGACGGCAUUUUUGCUACGGUGUUUCGUGACGGUCACGAACAUUCUGAACCAAACGAUGAAACGGAUCCUCUAGAGGAUGAUGUGAAAUACUACAAGAGUCAUGCGGAAGUGGUCCAACGACCAGUAAUUCCCAUUGUAACUACCAGUGCCUUUACUCCACCGUCAAGUAUAACCACGACGAAACCUAAUUCUCCUUGCGACGACAUCUCGUUUAGUUCGCAAUCCACGGUGAAGCAAGCCAAGAAGACCAAGUUUGUGGGCGUGAAAGAGAAGGUGAAGAUUUUGGAACAAAAAGUAGAGGAUUAUCUCAGUUAUGACUCAGAGCAAAGCGAAUCCAGGGGUGCCACUCCCGUUUUGAGACCUGAAGAGAUUCCCGGUGCUGUCCGUGUGUUUCCUGUUCCAUCACCCUGUCACUCGCGGAAAAGUUCCACUACCAGAAGUUCUUCAGCUGACACGAACAAUUGGUAUCGGCGCUUCUCCUCCAGUCCAUCACCAUUGACGACUCCUGGAAUGCAAAGGAAAUGGAGUGGUGGCACGCCCCCACCCAUGUAUAUGCCCUCUGGACCAAGGCACCACAGCUUGACUAAUCUAGAACCAUUUCCUUUCAAACCAGAUGCACCGUUAACUAAACCUCGAUCCAAAAUUCCUCCACCUCCGUCCCCGUCCAAAUUUAUUAAAGGGAAAUUUCGUGACAGUGACUAUCAUUCUGAUCUUGAAGGUACCAUCCCGCCGAAAUGGACACCGUCCGGAGCAGUGAAGCAACCCUUGGAAUCCUUGGGUCCUAAUCCUCAAAUUAAUCUAAAUACAACAGAUGUUGAAAAUGACGCCCAGUUUGACGGGCCAAAUCCUGAGUAUUUCCCCUUAAACCCCAAUUCAGCUCCCAAUAACCCGAGUCAACCUUCGUCCAUGACUAGCUCCACUGACUCUCAGCAAUGGAGUACCAGUAUUAAUCAACAAUACCAAUUAUUUAAUUCUCAAUCUCAGUUUCAACGUGGCAAGGAUGGGUAUGGGUGUUCAUCCGAGUUUUCUCCGGGCAGUACUUUGGAAAGGGGAGGAGGAGAAGAUAGAAGAGGAGGCGUGUCUACCAGUGCUUGUAGCAGCAUUGAUCGGGCAUAUUGGUCCAAGUCCAAAACAACUACGGAAACAAGUGCACAAUCCGUGGAGGAAACCACUCCCACCAAUACACUCGGUAGAUAUGACAACUGUCGGACUCCCACAAAUGACCCAUCUUUUCCCAUUGACUCGGAUUGUCAAAACCUCCCCAAAAAAUCAUCCCCAAAGAUCAAGAAACGCCAUGACGGUUAUGAAGCAGAUACGGAUGACACAUUGAAGCGACGCAAGAGUGUCCGGGAAUUGGCCAGUUCGUUCCAAGAAGCGGAAAAUGCGUGCCCUUCACCGAAGCCUAUCCGACCCAAUUACCCAGGGUCAGAAACCGAAUACGACUCGGACUUUGAAAGCAGGACAACUUCCUUAAAGAGAUCUUUUUCGAAACUGAGAGAACCGUCGUUUAUGAAAUCCAGAGCUUAUGUGCCACCUAAAUGGGCACCUGCUCCCGGCGAGGGUCAGUCUACUGAAAAGUCAUGUCCCAUGACAGAGUCCAUGGCCUCGACCGAAAUUCAUCGCACCUAUUCUUGUCAACAAGAAACAAGGAUGAUCCGAUUUGAUAAUCAACUGGUAGCAGAUGAUUCACCGAUGAAUACCUCCGACAAGAUUGUGUUUGGCCAAUCUUUCAAUGCCGGGAUCAAGAGCAACUCUCAAGAGCUUCCUCCCAAUCCAAAGUCCAAGCGAGUCAAAACCAUCCCUCAAUUUUUCCCAAAGAAAUUCAUUCCAAGAAUUUCUUCCGCGACAGAACCCACUUCAUGGACUUUUGAGGAUCAGGGUUCAACUCAAUCAAAAAUAAAAGCAAAAUGGGCCCCAUCAGACUCGGAAACCGAGGAGCCUUCAUAUCGAAAAAUUCGACCAAAUUUGAAGAAUCAGAGCAUGAUUGAGUCAGGGAAUCAUCAGAGCAACGAUUCAAAAAAUAACUCGGGCAUAGUUCAUAAUAUAAAAGUGGAGCAAAAGAACGAAUCCGAUCACCGAACACAAUCACAUUCAAACUCCUACCGAUCCACGGACCAAGGAUUAAGGAAAGUUGAUCCCGAAACAGGAUUGUUGUAUUUCAAAUAUGAUUUUGGAUAUGAAUUUGGCUUAAUGGUUCCACAAGAGGAACAAUCAAAUUCUUCUGCUUUAAUCAAGUCUAUGUCUGAAGACCUGAGACCUAGAGUUGGAUCCGAGGUUCUAAUCGAAAUGAUCCUAAAUGUUGGGACAGAUUGCAAUGUGGAAUGGCGAUGGAACAAUCAGCCUCUGCCUGACGACAAAAGGAGGCAGUUCUUAUCUUCUGGAUCUAAACACACUUUGGUUAUCAAGGAAGUUCGAACUGAAGAUAAUGGCAUCUAUACGUGUUUAGUUAUUAGUCCCCUAACUACGGAGACCAGAUCUUGUACGCUUACAGUUGAAGGAGAAACGCUGUUGUAAUUAAAUAAAUGAUGCCAAUAUGUCGCACCA